GCUGCACGCAUCACGAGCCUGGCCGCCCCGACCGAGCGCGGGAGCACCGGCGGAGGGACGCGCGCACGGGCUAACGGAGUGAGCGGACAGCGGCCCAGCAGUCUCCAGCUCCACGCAGGUCCCCGCAAGGCUCGCACCCGGAGGCCGGCCGCCGACCGUGCCCCGCGCAAUCUCCUGCGCUCCUCUCGCCCCGGUUCCCGUGCCAGCGCCCGGAGGCCGCUACCUCCAAAGUGAUUGUUGCCUCGCAGCCUCUGCCGGGUCAGGGACCAUGAAGCUGCUGCCGUCGGUGGUGCUGAAGCUCUUUCUAGCUGCAGUCGCAGUGCUCUCAGCCUUGGUGACUGGAGAGAGCCUGGAGCGGCUUCGAAGAGGGCUGGUGGGUGGAACCAGCAACCUGGGAUCUCCCACUGAAUCGACGGACCAGCUGCUGCCCCCGGGAGGCGGCCGAGGCCGUGAAGUCCUGGACUUAGAGGAGGCCGACCUGGACCUCCUCAGAGCUCCUUUCUCCUCCAAGCCACAAGCUCUGGCCACACCCAGCAAGGAGGAACGUGGGAAAAGAAAGAAGAAAGGCAAGGGGUUAGGGAAGAAGAGAGACCCAUGUCUUCGGAAAUACAAGGACUUCUGCAUCCACGGAGACUGCAAAUAUGUGAAGGCGAUCCGGGCUCCAUCCUGCAUCUGCCACCUGGGUUACCAUGGAGAGAGGUGUCAUGGGCUGAGCCUCCCGGUGGAAAAUCCCUUAUCUACUUAUGACCACACAACCAUCCUGGCUGUGGUGGCCGUGGUGCUGUCGUCUGUCUGUCUGCUCGUCAUUGUGGGGCUUCUCAUGUUCAGGAAUCAGCUGGGGACUGCUACCUCUGAGAAGACACAAGCUGAUCACAGACUCCGCAGAGGGGAAGGACUUCACAACUAGCCAUGAAGACUCCUUCAUCCCCAGUUGCCAUCUAGAUUGGGCCUCCCAUAAUUGCUUUAUCAGAGCCUUCAAGUGCCAAACACAAGAUGUCCAAUGGGAUCUGGGUCAGAAGGAAGCAAAAGUGAGGGACCUUCAUGCCCUUCUGAUUCCCCUCCACCAAAUCCCACUUAACCCUAUAAAGUUUGUUUAAACACUUGUCUUCUGGAUUAAGAUGCCAGUUAAUUCCAUAUGCUCCAGGAUCUUUGACUGAAAAAAAAAGAGAAGAAGAAGGAAAGAUUUGUAGACUAGAAGAAAGUAACAAAAGAUUGAAAAGCCACGGACUCAAGUAGUCACCAAGGGAUCUGCCAUUUGGACCCUCCAGUGCUGGAUUUGAUGAGCUAACUGUGAAAUACCACAAGCCUGAGAACUCUGAAUUUGGGACUUCUACCCAAAUGGAAAAAUAACAACUAUUUUUUUUUUGUUUGUAAAAUGCCUCUUAAAUUAUAUAUUUAUUUUAUUCUAUGUAUGUUAAUUUAUUUAGUUUUUAACAAUCUAACAAUAAUAUUUCAAGUGCCUAGACUGUUACUUUGGCAAUUUCCUGGCCCUCUACCCCGCAUUCCCCCACCACCUGGCUCAACAUCACCCGCUUUUGCCGCAAAUCUGAGAUGGCUCUAUGACCCAUCUAUAAUCCAUUGUCUGUCCACAUUUCCACAGAUCUUCCAUGAUCAGAGUGCCACAGGGGGCGGCCUGUAUGGUCAGGAUGUAGGAGUUAACUUUGUCAGAUCCACUCUAUGAGUCGGACUACAGUCUUGCCUAGGCGAUUUUGUCUACCGUUUGUGUUUUGAAAGCCCAAGGUGCUGAUGUCAAAGUGUAACAGAUAUCAGUGUUUCCCCGUGUCCUCUCCCUGCCAAAUCUCAGUAGAGGUGGGGCUCCAUGCUUGCAGCAUCCUGGCCCCUAACCCCCAUAGCCCCAGGCCCACUCUCCCUUGUGUCAAGACAUUUCUUACUCCUGCCAUUCUUCUGGUGCUACUCCAUGCAGGGCUCAGAGCAGCAGAGGAUAAUCGAGAGAGGUAUUAGUGAAAAAAAAAGGCUGAGGAGGAACAGGAAACAUUGGAGCUGACUGUUCUUAGUAUUGAUAACCUACCAAUUGCUAUAGAGAAGGUUGGAGGUGAGGACAGCUUUUGUGUAAACCCACCCACCUCACUGAAACUAUGAACGUAUGCUGUCAUGGUCCCUUCUGGAAGUUUCUGGUGCCAUUUCUGAACUGUUACAACCUGUAUUUCCAAAACUGGUUCAUAUUUGUACUUUGCAAUUCAAAUAAAGAUAACCCUUACUCCAUA